AUGGAUAGCGAGGAAAACUCUUGCCCAACAACAGGUGGUCUUCGCGAAGAUUCUGGUUUUAACCCAGGCUUCCACUUCCAUGAUCUUAUCGUGCAUCCCAGUCAAAACUGGCAUAUCUGGGGAUGGAUGCUUUGUUUACUCUUGCUGGUAAUUACUUGGAUCGCGGUGUUGGUGAAUAUAGGAAGGCAUCUACGAAAUUACUAUGACCCAGAGAUACAACGCCACAAACUACGGGUGUUACUUUAUCCUCCAGUGUACGCCACGUUGGCUUGGUUUUCCUAUCUCCGAUACGAUUACUCCACCACCAUCAUGUUCUUCGCCACCCUCUUUGAAAGUUUUGCUGUAUACAAUUUGUACACAUGUCUUCAAGCAUACCUCGCUCCCUACCGAGAAGAAGUCGGCUCAGCCAAAAUCCCUAUCACCACCAAAGUAUUCGGCAUGUUCACUGUAAAAUUAAAAUCAAAAUUCGGCAUGCAUUAUCGUAUCAUCACCGAUAUCCUCGUUCUGCAAUAUCCCGUCUGGGCCAUUAUUGAUGCAUUGGUAUCCAUCAUUACUGAAGUGAAAGGUUACUACUGUGGCGAAUCGUACAGCUUUCGAGGCGCGUAUGUUUACCUUACCAUCAUCAACUUUACCAGUUUAUCCAUCAUCCUUAGUGCACUCUUUGUGUACUUGGCUGUUUUCCACGAUCAAUGGCAACAAGGCGGCAUUCGCGCUCACGGCAUGUUUUGGUGUGUCAAGGGUCCUAUCAUGUUUAUCUUUUACGUGGGUGAAAUCUUGCUCACCAUUUUGGAGACUGUGGGUGUUAUCAAGGGCACAGAUGGCACCAACUCAAGUGAUGGACUUGCAUGGCCUUCAGCAGCUGUCAAGAAUGGCCUAUACGUGAUCAUCAUUUGUGCCGUCAUGUGCGUUGCCAGCUUUUUGAUGCUACGUUUCUUUGGUCCUCAAGAUGCUUUGGUCAAACAUGAAGAAGAAGAUGCACCAAGGAUGAGUGGGUGGACUGCAUUGGUGGAUGGAUAUCUUUCGUAUCUUCCCGAAUUUUUCCACAAUGUCCUACUUUGCGGUGUCGACUCGUACCGCUUGGCUCGUAAGCGCGCUGAGCUCCGUUCACGACGAAAACAAAAAGACAUGUACUCUGCUGUAGAUAAUGGUAGUCAACAUGCACUCUCCUCUGUUAUGCACGAAAACAAGGAUGUAUUCAAUGAAACUACUACCCCUUAUCCUCCCUCUUCUAAUGCUUACAGUCAUCACGUGUAA